AUGGCUACAAACGGUCCGGCCACCAACGGUCCGGCCACCAGAGUGGGUGCGCCAAUGCCAGACAAGGACCUCGAGAAGAAGCCUAUGGAGUUGUACCCAAUGGUGCCCUGGAAGUACGACACGCUGCUAUGGGUCAUGUCGAUUAUUGCGGAUCUGUUCUUCCGUGAGAUACACCCACGAAGUUCAUGGAAGAUACCAAAGCAUGGACCUAUACUGUUUGUUGCGGCGCCUCAUGCGAACCAGUUUGUCGACGCUCUCGUACUACAAAAGACGCUCAAGAAAGAAGCCGGCCGCCGCGUGUCCCUCCUGAUUGCGCAAAAGUCCAUCCAUGGCUUCAUCGGCUGGGCGUCGCGCCAGGUUGGCUGUGUGCCCGUCGGCCGCGCCCAGGACGCCGCUAGGCCUGCCAGUGGCACGAUAUACUUACCGAACCCCAUAUACGACCCUACACUGAUCCGCGGCGUCGGAACAAAGUUCGACACUGAAGCCGAGGUCGGCGGUAGUCUCUUCCUGCCAUCUGUCAAGGGGCAGACGGGGUCCAACGUAGAGAUCGCCGAGAUCCUUGGCCCGGAAGAACUGCGCAUCAAGCGGGCGCUCAAGGGAAAGCUGCCGAUGGAGCAACUGACGGGCAGGGAUGACAUUGAUCAGGAUGGCAUCUUCAAGAACAAGGAAGUCAGGUCCAGAAAAGAGGGCUACCAAGGCACCAAGUACAAGCUUGCACCUCACAUCGAUCAGAGCAAAGUGUACGAGGCUGUGUUCCAGCGCCUGCGGUCCGGAGGCUGCGUGGGCAUCUUCCCGGAAGGUGGGAGUCACGACCGUACCGAGCUGCUACCCCUCAAGCCCGGAGUGGCCAUCAUGGCUCUUGGUGCUAUGGCUAAUUACCCGGACGUUGGCGUCAAGAUUGUGCCCGUGGGCAUGAACUACUUCCAUGCCCACAAAUUCCGCUCUCGAGCCGUCGUCGAGUUUGGCAACGCCAUCGAGGUCGACCCGGAGCUUGUGCACAUGUACAAGACCAACCAGCGUCGUGAGGCCAUUGGAACCCUGUUGGACAUGGUCCACCAGGGCCUGUCGGCUGUCACUGUCUCUACGCCAGACUAUGACACGUUGAUGCUGAUCCAGGCCGCCCGGCGAUUGUACAACCCUACUGGUAAAAAGUUGCCGUUACCAGUAGUGGUGGAGCUGAAUCGUAGGUUGGCGGUCGGCUAUGAACGUUUCAAGGACGAUGAGCGCGUCAUCAAGGUGCGUGAGAGCGUCAAGAAUUACAACAAGAACCUUCGCUACCUGGGAAUUCGCGACCACCAGGUCCAAGUGACAAGGAUGUCCUGGCAUCGGGUAGUUCGCAUUUUCUUGUACAGAAUCCUGCAACUCGCAGUGUUUUUCGUCGCCACCUUUCCUGGUCUCGUUCUGUUUGGGCCCGUCUUCAUUGUUGCCAAGGUCAUCAGCAUCAAGAAGGCGCGGUCGGCGCUUGCAGCGUCAACUGUCAAGAUCCAGGGUCGGGACGUCAUGGCAACAUGGAAGCUGUUAGUCUCGAUGGCGUUCGCACCGAUCAUGUACCACGUGUACUGCUCCCUCCUAGCAUGGAAGGUAGCUCGCGAUGGCCUAUGGGGAUUCGCACCAGCGUGGAUUGUCAGACUCCCAUGGUUCGUCCUGGUUGCCAGCAUUUGGCUCAUAGGGUGGCCGACAUUCAUCUCCAUCACGUUCGCAGCCCUGCGCUUUGGUGAGAUCGGCAUGGAUGUGUUCAAAUCGCUGCGUCCGUUACUGCUCUGCAUGUUCCCCUCUUCCAAAUACAACAUGCAAAAACUCCAGGAGCAACGCGCCGAGCUGAGUGCAGAGGUUACAAACCUCAUUAACACUCUGGGUCCUGAGAUCUUUCCCGACUUUGCCCAAAGUCGCCUCAUCAAAGCCUCAAUGGAUCAGCACGGCGCGCCGCUCUCCCCCACCCACACGAGGCAGCCCGACUCGCCGACGCUCAAACGCCGCUCGGACAGCGAGGUGUCGUUCACGGGCCAGGCUUCUCCAGGCGCUUCACUACACCACCCUACCAGCAGCAAUGGCAUCCAGCGCCGCAACACACAGUCUAGUCGCGCCAUUCCGCGCAACGAGUCCUUCAGCAACAUUGGCAAGGCGAGCAUCUUUGCGACGCGGCCGCCGUCUCGCAACCGCUCGCGCACCAGCAGCAUGGGCGGCUUCAACGUCCAGGCAUUCACCGCCCUCGACUCCCAGGAAGGGUUCGACGAGGCGAGUCGCAAGAUUAGGGAGGCCAUGCGCGAGCGUGGCGAGAUGAGGCGAAGGAGGAGCGAGGCUAGGGGCAUGACGAUCGGGGGUAGCGACGAGGAGGAGGAAGAAGACAACGAGGACGAGAAUUCCAGUGAUGGGAAGAAGAACGUGUAG